AACAGGAGGACACGCCUGCAGCUAUGGAAUUCCUACUAAGAGACAACUUGUCUCAGCCUGGCCUGCCUGCACCCAACACUUAGUCCAACACACACACACACACACACACACACACACACACACACACACAGGCUUUGAAAAUGCACAUUAACGCCGGACCGGGUCUAAUUUUAUCCUGCCAGGGCAAGAAUACACUUGUCCCAUCCAACAUCGCGGAGGAAUGAGGCAGCCUGCUAAGACCUGCCCUGAGAAGGCAGAACAGAGAGAAGGAGACUUAAAGAAUCAGUGAGAGCUACGUUUGAUGAGCGCUCGAGAAACCACAGCUGGAUUUACUGGCGUGGGAUUUGAAGUCUUCAUUGAUUUCCUGGUCUUCUGUGAGACGCAGAAGAAGAAACAAACGGGUGUAAGUGUGAGUAGAUGUGUGACAGCGGAGUGUGUGAGGACAAGCCCCCCGCCCCCCCUGUUAGGAUGAGCAGCCAAGGAGGAGGAACCAAAGACUCCCAAUCAGCAAAUCACAGCUCUCGGCCGCUGCCGUCUGUACCAGAGGAGAGGAAGUCCAGAAACAAGAUCAUAUCCAUGUUUGCAUCUGAGAAAGGGGGCAGGAAGAAGGACCGGGACAAGGACAGACCUGAGAUCUCGUCCCCGUCAGACUUUGAACACACCAUCCAUGUUGGUUUUGAUGCUGUCACUGGAGAGUUCACUGGUAUGCCGGAGCAGUGGGCCCGCCUCCUUCAGACCUCUAACAUCAGCAAAUCAGAACAGAAGCAGAAUCCCCAGGCCGUCCUCGACAUCCUCAAGUUCUACGACUCCACCAGUGGAAAACAGAAAUACCUCAGCUUUUCCGCUUCAGAUAAAGACUCGCAGUCGCAAGGCAAGCAGGGUACAGGGACUUCUCCGUCAGGUGGCAAGGAUGGAGACGAUGAUGAUGAUGAAGACGCACCACCUCCGAUUGUCGCACCCCGGCCUGAACACACAAAAUCAGUGUACACCAGGUCGGUGAUCGACCCGAUCCCAGCUCCAGAAGGAGACGCCGCCUCUAAGGCAGCUGACAAGAAGAAAAAGGGGGGAGGCAAGAUGACCGACGAGGAGAUUAUGGAGAAACUAAGAACUAUUGUCAGUAUUGGAGAUCCGAAGAAGAAAUACACUCGCUAUGACAAGAUCGGCCAGGGGGCCUCUGGUACAGUCUACACAGCCAUUGAUGUCGCCACAGGACAAGAGGUGGCCAUCAAACAGAUCAACUUGCAGAAGCAGCCAAAGAAAGAGCUCAUAAUCAACGAGAUCCUGGUCAUGAAGGAGAUGAAGAACCCAAAUAUUGUCAACUUUGUAGACAGUUUCCUCGUUGGAGACGAGCUUUUCGUGGUGAUGGAGUAUCUGGCUGGUGGAUCUCUGACCGAUGUUGUGACGGAGACGUGCAUGGAUGAGGCUCAGAUCGCUGCAGUCUGCAGAGAGGUGCUGCAGGCUCUGGAGUUUCUUCAUGCUAACCAGGUCAUCCACAGAGACAUCAAGAGUGACAACGUCUUGCUUGGGAUGGAUGGAUCAGUCAAGCUCACUGAUUUCGGCUUCUGUGCCCAGAUCACCCCGGAGCAGAGCAAACGCAGCACAAUGGUGGGGACGCCGUACUGGAUGGCUCCAGAGGUCGUGACCAGGAAGGCUUAUGGACCCAAAGUCGACAUUUGGUCUCUGGGGAUCAUGGCCAUAGAGAUGGUGGAGGGGGAGCCGCCGUAUCUCAAUGAGAACCCUCUCAGAGCUUUAUAUUUAAUCGCCACCAAUGGGACUCCUGAGCUGCAGAGUCCAGAGAAGCUGUCUCCGGUCUUCAGGUCCUUCCUGUCACGCUGCCUGGAGAUGGACGUGGAGAAACGAGGAUCAGGCAGAGAACUGCUGCAGCACCCCUUCCUGAAGCUAGCCAAGCCUCUUUCCAGCCUCACCCCGCUCAUCCUGGCAGCCAAGGAGGCCAUGAGGAGCAACCGCUAAAGCUCACUCUCAUAGGACUAUAAGAGCUGAAGCCAAUGACAGCCGCAUCCGCCAAACCAGCAAGACCGUCAGCAACCUGCAAGGGAUGGGAAUUUUUUCAAAAGCCACAAACUCUGUCUCCUCUUUUCUCUUUGAUUCUUUUUUUUUUUUUACUGAUGCCAGAUUUAUUUUGACCUUUGUGCCUUUUUCUCAACCUGCAUACGACCAUUCUGUGUUUUCUAUUUGUCGCAGCCAGAGCACACCGGAACUGGUUACUGCAGUAUGUCUAUCAAGUACACAGGAUCACCGUUUCAAAGAUUCAAAUCUAUUUUUUAACACAUUUAAAGCUGUAGAGAAGGGUUUAAAUGAACGUACUGAAUAUCUCCACGGUGAUUAGAAGUCAGAGAAGUAAAAUAUGAAACAGGAGAGCAAGGGACCAAUAGAAUUAGAUUAAGGUUUGACAUUAUAAAGUAGAUAGGGCGUUUAUGUUAGGGCUAUUUUAGAUAUUAUGUGACUCAGAUCUACAGGGUUGAGGUUAUUUAUCGCAGAGCAUCAAUCUCACUUGGUAUUUCAAAGAUGGCAGUUCAAUCAGCGUGCAAUUUCUCUUCCUGUAUUGCAGUCAAUGGUUAUUUAAAGUAAUAAAAAGAUGAGAAAAUGAGGGACUAAUAGUGCAACCUGGCUUCAAAACUGGACAUAAGUGCGUUAGAUAAUAUAAAAUAAAUAUUAGGUGUUUUCAGACCAAACAGAUCUGGGGACUUUUUGAAGAGGAACUAUCCACCAGGGAGUUCCCGAAGAACUACACAACGGGGGGUGAUUUCUUUUUCGCUGGCAUGAGUACCUACCAACUCUGAAGCAGGAGCCAAACAGGUUCCUCUGAAUGCUUCAUCGUUCCUGAGUUGCGAAAUCCAACAGUUCCUAGAACUAUGUAAAAGUUCCUGCGGUCCAAUAACAUCUAUUGAAACGUUCUAAAGUUUGAACAUCAGACAUCUUGAUCAAAAGAGGAUAGUGAGGACUUUGAAUUUUCUCGCGUGCAGAGACUGUCACCUUUGCGGCUGGAUGCCAUGAACACACACACAUGCGCUCACACACACACAUCAGGCAGGGUCCUGUGGUUUUAAAACAUGAAUCAAAUAACUAUGCUGUGCAAAUACUGUGCUGUACUACGGCCUAGCAUGGGGCAGUGCAGUCUUUGUGUGGUGGAAAAAAAAGCCAUACCAGCGUCUUUGUUUGACACUGACUGAAGAAUAUAUCUUCUGCAGUUAGUUGGAUUAUUUUGUUCUCAUGUUAGAUACCCUAGUCCAAUCGAUUUUCUGGUGGCAGCUUUGGGUUUUUACCAGGCGUCAAAAUACACCAUCAUUGAGCUGACUCAGACUCUAUAAACUUUAAUCAAACUCUCUAUGCAGGCACUUCUACAAAGCAUGCAAAAAAAAAACCCACCUGAACACACAAAGCAACGUUUCUGUCACUUUGGUGUGUGUCCUCCAGAUGUCGUGUUAUCCAGCAUUUUUCUUAUUUGCAUUGCACGCUUUACUGUAUAUGUGUUGGUGCAAGAACAAUACAAAUAAUGUAUGACAAUGUCUCAAUGUGCUAAACUGGAGGAUGACUUUGCAUUAUUUUUGUAUAUUAUGUAUUGGUGAUAUCCUGUUUUUUUUUUUUUUUUUUUAAUGGCUUUAAAAAGAAAGUAUGUAAAUCAUUUUUUUUAUGUGUAACUAACAACAGAAGAAAGAUUAUUUUUUUCCACUUUUGUAUUGAACAAUUAAAUUCUCAGUGGAAUUAUGGACUCAUAUCCAUAAAAUGCCAAAAUAAACCUUUAAAAAAAAAAAACAGAGCCAUAACUGUUAUACUCGAGCCACUCAUGGAGUGUUUUGGAUCGAUCUUUAGUUAAGAGUACCAGAUUGGAUUGGUUUUUACCUCAUUACCAGCGUGUUAGAGGAACAUCACAAACUUUUUUUAAUCUGACUCAUGAUGCAGUAAAACCCACCGGCAUGGUACUCAACAGGUGUUUUUAAAAUAGGAAUAUACUGUUCUCUGUUUUUUUUUUUACCACAACGGGCAUCAUUUCUUAUCUGAGUGAUCGAAGAGUUGAAUGUGUUGUUGUUCAUCAUGGAACCAACAACUCUCCAUGUUGAAUAAAAUCCAGAAGGGAUGUAAAUUAUUAAUAAAGGUGGACUUAAAUUGG